AUGAACUCUAGAGUUGCUGUAAAUUUCAAAAGAAUAUUUAAAGAAAUAUUGCCAAUUUCUGAGAAAAAAUUUCUAGACAAAGAAUUUUUUUUAAAAACAAUGUCGUCAUAUUGUAAAAAUGCUGAUUUAAAAGUUAUAUUGAAUUCUUCAAAUAAAGAAGAAGAAAUGAAUUAUACUUAUGCUACAUAUCUCAUUUCAACAAAACGUUUAUCUUGUUUGCAAGAAGAAUAUCGUGGUGGAGAACGUUCAAUUGAAGAUAGUGCUAAAUUAGUAGGAUUAGCUUUACCAAAAAAAAAAGAAGCUGAAGUAUGA